GACAAAGCUGAGACUGAAGGAAUUAAAUAAUGACUGCUGUUAUCAAGGGUAAAUGGGAACGGGAUUGAGCUGACUGCCGGUAAAACAGCUGGCAAGAAGGAAACUUAGUUCCUGAUAACUUCCAGAUGCCAGAAAAGAAGCACAGAAGCUGGAUGAGGUGAAUACAGCAGCUUCAGUCCUCAUAAAAACAGAAAGAGUGUCACAGAGGUGAUUCUUAUAACUGUGGGCACUGUGGUUUUCAAUUUAACUCUCUAAAAGAAAAAUGAUUCAUUGGAAGCUUUUAAUUGUUGUUCUUGUUUUUUAUGACAUCUUUACAUCUACCGCCAAAGGGAGGAAUGACGCUCUAUAUCCAUCAGCGCUCAGAGUGAAGAGAGGAACAGUCAGUUUACUGAAUCCUACUUUUCAGACCUCUGUGGAGGAGGUCAACAUGCUCUAUGAGAUCUUACUACAUGGAUUGUGGAUGGAUAAUAUAUAUGAUCACUUUUUAAUAAAAGAUGAGGAGCUGGCAUCACUGAGGAAAAGCAAGAAACUAGAAGUGAUCUGCGAAGAUGUACUCCCAAGGAAAAUCACAGAAGUCAGGCGGCUAACCUCUAUGCUUUCUAUGCAUGUGGGACCACUAAGGAAGAACGAUUUUGAGCGAACUGUUUUGACAUUGGUGUACACAGCACACAAACUGAUUCAGUCAAAAGGACACCAGAAAGACAUGUGGGCAGAAUCAUUUGUGAAACUCUACAAAGCUUUAAAACAAGACCUACUAUAUUAAGAGAAAAAAAGCAUAUUAAUGCUUUUGUCCAUAUAUUUUAUAUGUUCUACAUAAAGCUGGCAAUCACCACUUCUACUUGUUAUGUUUUUAAUUGUAUAGCAUUUCCAGUGAAAUGCAUUGAAUAUACCAGGACAAAAUAUGUAGUAUAUAUUGCAUUUAUACAAUAUGCAUAUGUAUUUCACCAAAUAUGUUUAAAUUUAAAUUGUUAAUAUGUUCAUGACAAUAACUAAUAAUUUUGGUAGGGCACUCCAUAAAAUUAGGUUCUACUAUAUUUUAGUGAAAAACAAUUUAUUUGAAAUCAAAUAUGAAAAUAAGACUGAAUGGCCUAAAGUUUAAAGUUGAACACCUGUCAUAGGCAAUGCUUUAUCUGAUAUCUAUUACAAGGAACUAAAUCACAAUCAGUCACUGAAAAGGGUGGGUUCUAAAUGCAGGACAAAUGCUUUAUACAGUACAGUAGGAUCUCAAUAUUUGCAAGGGUUCAGUGCAGAGAUCUAUUGCAAAUAGCUAAAUUUGCAUAUAACCAAGUCCACUUCUAUACUGUUGUAUAAUGUACUACAGUAUAUAGUAUACAGAUGCAGCCAUUCAAAAUGCACAGUACAACCCCUUACCGUUAUAGUGCAGUACAUGAUUGGCUGGCCACCAUGACCUACAGGCGGCACUCAUGGUGGUUCAUUUAAUCUCUUUACUGUGCAUGUUUAAAUCCGAUUAAUAUUGAAUAUUAAUAUGGAAUUUUACA